AUGCCGGAUCCGCUGUGCGCGUUCGUCGGUCAGGGCGCGGCGCUGACCGCGGCGGCCUGGGCCGCGGCGGCGGCGAACGCCGACGGCGGCGGACCAUUCCAGCGGCUCGGCGAGGGCCGGGGCGCGGCGUUUCGGGAGGCGUGGACGGUGGAGGCGGUGCGCACCGUGCCCGCGGAAAGGCGGGCGGCGGCGGGCGACGCCGACGAGCUGUUCACGUACGCCCGUCCGCCCACGAAGAGGGAGAGGCUCGAGAAGGGCGAGCGGCGCGCCGAGCAGCACCAGGGGUGGGCCGAUGCGCCGAAGGAGAAGAGGCGGAGGGCGGCGGAGGAGCAGACGGCGGCGCAGGCGGCGCUGCUGGGGCCGCUCGCGGCCGCGGACACCACGGCGUCGCUGGGAGGCGCGCUGAUGCGGAGGCCGAGCGCCAUCGUGGCGGCGGUGCUGCAUCAACCCAUCGCGGCGGAGAGGGCGGCGCCGAUGCUCGCGCCGCUCGGCUACCACAUGAACAGGCUAUGCGACGACGUGCUGAAGCGGUGGCGCGAGUUCGAGCGGGAGAUGAACCGGUCUGACGAAGACGGCGGCGAUGCGGUGAUGCGCUCCAGCUGGGCGAACGGGAUGCGGGAGGGGUACCCGUGCCAGCAGCUCAGCAUCCUGUUCCUGCAGUAUCUGCUCACGAGCCGCAUCCAACAGUCGCACGCGUCGCGGCGGAAGGGGUGUGAGCGCAUCGGGCGGGGGUCGAACACGGUGGGGGGUCAGUUCAAAAACAUGCAGAACCACGUCUGGCCGAUGGUGUUUGGCCCGGCGGGCUUCCCGACAGGACAGGAGGCGACAGCGUACUGGCGACCCAUCCGCGACCAGUUCUCGAGCCUGGUGGGAGGAGGGAGAGGGAGCGGCGGGGUCGAGCAGCUUGCAGGCGCGGCGCAGGCGGCGGCCAGUGCGACGCAGUUGGCGGUGGGCGCGAACGCGACCACCGCGGCGGCGGCUGGCGACGCGGCGAACCAGGCCGUGCAGCUAGCUAUGAGGGCGGCGACGGCGCCGAGCUCGACGCGGGAGCAUCUCGGCCAGACUGGACAGUAUCAGCUGCAGGACGCGAUGCUGUGCGAGCCGAUCUCGGUGAACGAGGCGUCCGUGCUCAACGCGUACAUUUGCUUCGCGCGGCAGACGGGUGCCCGCCCGGGGAUGGCGGUCAACGUGGAGAAGGACUCGGUUGAUCCGAACAGCGCGUGGGCCAACUGCGCGCCGCUCAGCUGGGAGGACCUGCUCGUCGGGAAGCUCGAUGACAAGGACGGGGGGCUGAACCUGCCAAACGGCGGUGGCACGGCGUGGUUCUACUUCGAGCUCUUCUUCCGGCGGCUGAAGGGGUCGUACUUCUCAAACGUGCAGUUCGGGACGUCGGUGACGCCCGACUCGGAUGAGAUGGUGCGGCUCGGCACCGUGGCGCUGUGCCGGCUGCUGCUGCGACGAGCCGAGAAUUGCACUUCAGCACAAGACGCGUCGCGAGACGCCCGUGCCGGAGGACGAGGCGCGGGUCAUCUUUCGGGCGCGGGGGGACGUCGGGCGCGGCAGGGCUACCUUUCAGGCGCGGGCGCGCGGGCGCGGCGGGCGCGCCACGGCAUCGCCGGCGCUGGCGAGCAAGAGCGGCGAGAAGCUAUCGCGGCGUGGGAAGAAGGCGGUGGCGAAGGAGGCGGGCGAGGUGGUAUCACGCGAGGAAGGCGAGGAAAAUGA